AUGGUUUUGCCCGUCCUAUGUUUCUCCCACGGAGCAAGUCUCACUUCCUGUCAGGAAAUGAUUCCUCGACACAUCCGUGCUCAUCCCCUGGACCCGAAGCACAGCUUCAUCACCUUACAAACCUCAUCAUCCUCAUACCUGCCUGGGCAGCUAAUGACAGUGACUGUACGAAGCUCCAGAGACUUCAUGGGUUUCCUGCUUCAGGCUCAGAGACUCGGUCCACUUCUGGUGGGUGGCUCCUGGAUUCGAUCUCCACCAGGUACCCACACCUUACGCUGCCUGUUUGAAGGUGACACGGUCACACACUCGGACAAACAGCUAAAGAGGAACCUGUCGUUUGUGUGGAGAGCUCCUGACAUGCCAAAGGGAGACAUACGCUUCCACAUAACUGUGGUACAAUCCUACUUCGUGUACUGGACUGGUAUUGAGUCUGCAGUGGUGCGUGAUCGGAGACCCAGUGCUUGGAGACGCAGUAAAACCAAAAUGGCGGAUGGAGCAAGCACAACUGUUGCUGUGCAAGAGACUGUUACUGCCCAGACAGAACAAACCUCAAACAACCCCAAUUAUUCUGUACCAGCAUCACCUUCCCCAAUAUCCAUACCUCACCAUUUAACCUCUACUAAAUACCAAACUACCACUCCACCAACCUUCUCUACCCCUUUCACCAUUUUUUCCUUCAGUGCCUCCAACUAUCCAACAAUGCCCUCUUCCCCUACUUCAACGUCCUCAACUUCUAAAUCCUCGACUUUCUCUUCUUCUACUCCCUCUUUCUCAGUUACCUCACCAUCUUUAAGAGUGAGUUCCUCAUCUUUUAUUUCACCCAUCACCUCCCUUAAAUCAGAACCAACAUCCGCACCUCAUAAAAUCACUCUAGAUCAGAAGUUGGUAACCCAAACCCACCAUGCACCAAACUCUGAGACUAGAUUCACCUCUCCGGCACACAGAAAGUUUGUCCAUCCAAACCCCAAACCUUAUCCCAACCUCAGACCAAAUCAUGACCAAGAGAUCAAACCAAACAUUCAAAACACGGAUACCAAACCAAAGCAUCCCUCAGAUCCCGCUGACGCUCCGGACAAAGAAGGAAAGUAUCCGGACAUUGUUCCCAGACACAGCGCCUGGGAGCUGGGCAUGCUGCUGGGCUGCUCAGCCGGGUUGGGCAUGGUGCUGGUGGUCGGGCUGAGGUACGUCUACCGGCAGGCCUGCGGCAGGCGGACUGAGGUGACGCUGAACGGCCGCGAGCGAGAGUACGGGAGAGGGGACCAAGGGCUGGUUCACCUCCAGGAGUGUGGUGAUUUGGUGAGAGUUAGAAAAAUCAGAGAGAACAGCUUUGUGCUUCUGGCGGAGUACGAUAUUCUGGCUUCACCUUCAAACUGAGAGGCUCAUAAAGACCGAUUUUAAACAUCCAGAAGAGGACAAGGCCCACCAAAAAAAAGAAAAAAAAACUUCACAAAAUUCAUAUUCUGUCAUAUUUUUUUCAUACAAAAAAGUCAAAAAUUUUGAGAUCUCUGUCAGAAUUCAAAGGAAAAAUAAUGUAAGAAUUCUGAGAAGAAAAAAAAAAUUCUGGGAUUAAAGUCACUUGAGAAGAUUCUUUUUCGUGGCCAUAAUCCUCUUCCAUAGGGAA